ACAUGGUGAACAUGCACGCUAUAUAAGGAAACAGAAGCCCGGGAGACCCAAACAGGAAGUUGAUCUGGGAGCUACCACAAGUCUACUGGAGACCUUCCACGAGAACAGUAUAAAAUGGCAGACCCGGCUGAGAAGAAGGCCCCUCCCAAGUUCAAGCAGAGGUCCGCUCGUACCUUCAAGAGCCGCGCCCCCAAGCCUGGGCAGAAGGGAUUUGGGGACGACAUCCCCGGCAUGGAGGGUCUCGGCACUGACAUCACGGUGGUGUGCCCCUGGGAAGCCUACGGGGACUUGGAGCUCGGGGACCUGGCCAAAUAUGGAAUCGUCUAGUACGGCAGUGGGUAUGGAUGGCAAGGGAGGGGCCCUGGUCAUCCAGACCCACUGCCGUUUUCCUCUGCUCGUCUUUCAAUUAAAACUCCCUUGUCUGUCGACCUAGAGUCGGUUUACACACACACAAUAUAUGCUCGUCUACAGAUUCAUAAGAACUGUAGAUCUCUGAUACAGUUUGCACAAAAUCCCUUUUUUGCGCCGUUUUACCUUUUGUCUUGUCAACAGUUUUGAUGCAUAUUAAAAGUGACAGGGAUGUCAUAAUUACA